CAAAGGACUUGAUCUGGACUUAUAUCUAACUCCAGCCUCUUCACCUUUCCACCUUCUCUCCCACCUCUCUCUCUUUCUCUCUCUUCUUCUUCUCUCAAAGGUUGAGGAGAGAGAGAGAGAGAGAUCCAUUGCUUCCAAUGGAUGUCUUCCUUUCCUGAGCUGCUGUCUCCCGUUCUCUUUCUGAGAGCAACUUCUGAUCAGAUUCAGAUUGCCAACACUGCAACCUUCUGAAGCUCAGCAAGGGGGUUGGACAAGGAUUAAUCUGUGAGGCUCACUCUGAUUGAAGCCAUGGGGUCUGGGGACUGGUUCAAGACGAUCAUCAGCAAGAAGAAGUCUAAACGUGGCAAGUCAAAACACGCAAAGGUUGCCGGUCAGGUACCCAAUGGGCCAAACUCAACAAAUCAAAAGUCUAAUAAUGGUCCUUCCUCUAGUAGUGACCCUGAAGACAAUGCAGCACUAGAGGAAUGGGCAGCUACUCGAAUUCAAAAUGCCUUUAGAUGCUACAAGGCAAAGAAAACUCUCAGAUGUCUCAAGGGGGUUAAAAGAUUGCACAUUAUUGGGCAGACCAAUCCAGUUAACAAGCAGACAGCUGCCACAUUGAACUACAUACAGUCUUGGAACAAGUUGCAGGCAGAGAUAAGAAACCGGCGUGCCUUCAUGGUCACUGAAGGGCGCAAUAGGAAGAAGAAGCAAGAAAAUCAAAUGAAACUUGAAGCAAAACUCCAAAAUUUGCAGGUCGAGUGGAAUGGAGGCUCGGAUACUAUGGAGGAAAUACUUGGGAGGAUCCAACAAAGGGAAGAAGCCGCAGUAAAGCGUGAACGAGCUAUGGCAUAUGCAUUCAAUCAUCAGUGGAGAGCAAGGUCUGCCACAAGUCUUGGAAACUUCAACUAUGAAGUUGGCAAGGGUGGCUGGGGUUGGAGCUGGAUGGACCGAUGGAUAGCGGCACGGCCAUGGGAGCCCCGAUCACUGGUCCACCCCGAAAACCUGAAGAAAGGACAGGCAAAGAAGGAAAAUGCCAGCACAAACCCAUCAGCUCUGAAGCUGCAAGGCUCAAUCAGUCUAAGCAACAACAUCAAUGAUCGAAAAGCCCCUAAGAAGAAGUCAUCACCAUCUCCCCCUGAUCAGAAGAAACCGGUAGCAGCAUCUCCUCCUGAUCAGAAGAAACCGGUAGCACUGUCUCCUCCUGAUCAUAAGAAAACCGUAACACCAUCUCCUCCUGAUCAAAAGAAACCGGUAGCAAGGGUGCAGAAGGCAAAGGCAGCUGGUCCUCCAAAGGCAAAGCCCAAGGACAUGAAAGGGGGCCAACAGAAGAAGCAACAACAACUAGAGGUUCCUUCGCUCAGUGUGUAAAAUUCGCCGCGAAAUGGUUACCGCUCAUUGUAUGAUACAUCUUGUGAAGUUCACUUUUGUUUUUUCUCCCCACUCUUUGUUUCUCUCUUCUUUUUGUUUUUUACAGUGACAUGGAACAAACAAGUGACCAAUGUAGAAUGUAUUUGGUUGAGAGGUUGCACACAUCUGAUGAGAGUGGCUUUGAUUAGGACUAGGAUUCAUUGUUGUGCUGUUGUAAUAUGACUUGUGAUGUGCCUGCCUAUAUGUUUGAAUUGAAGGGAAGGGUUUUGUUGGAACAACAGUUAAAAGUUCCUUCU